AUGAAGACCGCAUUCGCCGCAACUCUCGCCGCCGCGCUCUGCGCGACCCUCGCCAGCGCCGGCGUGGUCAUCACGCCUAUCUUCCAGAACCAGAUCGUGCCCCAGGCGAGCAACGACUGCUUCUUCGGCAAGACGACCCCCUACGGCUGCGGUCCCGUUCGCUCGUAA